GAGGGGAGGAGGAAAGAGGGAGGGAGAGAGAGGGAGAGAGAGAGAGAGAGAGUGUGUGUGUGUGUGUCUGUGUUUUUAUGAAUGAAGUGAGUCACUGCCGAUGUGUCAUAGGCCCGACGUCUUUAUAAAGGAAGUUUUAAACAAGCCUAAACACUUCACUGCGCGCAAAAAUUGGACUUAACAACACUCUCAUCCCUGUCUCUGCACUGCUGCUGCCUCUGUCCCCGUCUCUGUCUCUGUCCUCUCUCUGCUCAGUGUCCGUGAGUCUCCAUCAACAGACCACAGGGGCUCAUCUCAGGCACAAAGUUUCUCUUUUACCUCUCUCUCUCUCUCUCCCUCUCCCUCUCUCUCCCUCUCAUUCAUUCUCUCCUGACAACUUUCCUCCUCACCCGCACUGACGACAGAGAAGACGCUGCGGGAGCACGUGAUAUUUCCGGAGUUCAAUUGAUUUAUUCGUUUGCUAUUUAUUUAUUUAUUUAUUUACCUGCGAUUCUCUGGGACCGAGUCAGAAUGAGAUUGCUGCUGGACUCCUCCUCCUCGCUCCUCUUCUCACUGCUAUUGGCUCAGCUGCCGGUGUUCACCGCGGCCUCUCCGGUGCCGCAGCGGCGACCCAGUGACAUGGACAAGCUGUCCAAUCAGACCAAGCAUCUGAUGAAGCUCACGCAAGAACUGCUGAGAGGGCCUUCGCUCGACUCUAAUGUGGAGCCCCACAGGUUCAGGUCACUGCCAGAAAUGAGCAACAGAUCAGCCAAUGACCUCAGCAAUCUUGAGCUGAAGCCCACGCUGUCGCAGCUGCAUUCUGACCUGAACCAGUACGAACACCACUUUGAGUGGUUGAUCAAGGUGUCGGAGAAGCACCACCAUCCCGCAGUCCCCAAACUGGUGGAGAUGACCAGAGAGAUGAAGUCCCUCAUCAGCCUGCUGCAGCGUCAGAUGCUCAAGAUCGACGCUCCCAGGGUGACCCCCCCCAGGCCGUCUCUGCCUCCCCACCUGCCCUAUCCCUUUGAUGUGUUCCAGUCCAACCGUGAGCUCCUUCAACGUUUCAAGCUCUUCUGUGAUUGGGCGUACAGGGCGCUCAUCAGCCUCAAGCCCAAAGUCACCGCAGUACAAUGACGGCCACCAGGAGUCCCGCCUCCCUCAGAGGGACACUAGGACCAUGUCAUAUUGCACUGUAGUUGAUAGCAUCUCUUCAAAGGCCAAAACACCAACCAAUGACAUGUGUGCUAAAGAAUGUGUCUUCUUGUCAGAGCCAAUGAGGAUUUAACGUACUGCAGCUAAAUACAAGCCUCUAGGAAUUAUGAUAAAAGGAAACAGCUGGCUUAAAUAUACUGAUGAUGAUGAUGAUGAUGAUGAUGAUGAUGAUGAUGAUGAUGUAACACCCAGCCAAACCUUCUCCUGCUUGUUAAUGACCAUGUUAUUUAUGUAUUUAUUUAUUUAUUGACUGUUAGUAAUUUAUUGAAUUUUAUUUAUUUGACUUCGUCGUGUGCCACACUCAUCUUUAUUUCUGUUGUAACGUGAAUUUUCUCGCCCACAUCUCUGUUUUCUGUGUCUUUCUGUUGUGUGUGUUGUUCCAGAAAACCCCAGUAGCACUUCCUGAACCUGAAUAUUUACUGUUGUUCCACUUAAGUUAGCGUUAGCAUGGUGGCUUCCCCUCAGUCAGUGGUCCCUCCAGCAGCUGUAGCGCUCAGCUCCACUGCUCCGAGGAACAUGUUUGAGAAGAUUCCAGUGUCAUGCAGUGACGGCUCAGUUGUUCUGUAGUCGUUUCACUCUGUAAACGUUAGAACGUUAGUAGAGAGAAGUGAAUACUUUGUUUUGUUCCGUAGGUCGACUUUGGAUUAUUUAACAUUGUGGUAAAGUUGAGUGAAUGUGCCCUGAUGCUGAGCACUGAUGGACCUGAUAAGAUUCUUUGCACAAACUUGUAAGGAUUAGCCCGUUGGACGAGUCGGACGGCUGAUCUAAGUGUGUGCUUUGGGAUGAAAAGUUUGUCUGUGUGAUUGUAGUUUUCAUUUUUAAACACCCAAAGCCUUAAAAUACUAUGUAUUGAGAGAAUAUGUUCUGUACAGGUGUACAUAACUUUACAAGAAUGUAAAAUGUAUACAA